AUAAGCGCUCAAGCUAGCGCUCGUGUGUUGUAAGUCUAGACUCCUACACCGGUGCUUCGUCAUAAUUUCUUUUUUUAUUUUGACGUGAGGGUCCACGUAGGCACCCCUGCAUUGGAGAUGCCCUGAAGGCGCUCCCGCUCUCAAUUCCCUCAAAGAAAAAAAAAGUUGUGCGCUCUCAAAAUUCAAACAAAAUCUUCCCCAUUCUUCUCCGCCGCUCCGCUUUGUCGCUCUCCCCAUUCCCCGUUCAGUUCCGCCGCCGGGGAUGGUUCUGAUCGAGCGCACGCCGUGCGCGGGGGCAGCCCCCUUCAGUCCGCUCCAGAGAUCCACUCCUAGGGUUUCGCGGGAGGCGUCGCCGCCGUCCGACCCCAUCCUCCCGUACCUCAGGUCUAUCAAGAAGGCCAUUGAUGAGAUCAGGGCACACCCAGAAUGUUAUCAUGCAGCACUUGAACAGCUCAAGAUUUAUGUCACAGAGUGCAUUGAUAAGUAUGGGGACGAUUACCAGUACUCCACUGACCCCCGGCUCCUGAAGAUCUGGAUCCUCUAUGGGGAUGCAGUUUCUGAUUUUGACAAGGUGUAUACACAUUUGGAGGAUAAAAGAAUGUUCUUAGAGGAUGCACUGCUCUAUGAAUCAUAUGCACUGUUUCUGUGUGCUCAGGGGAGAGCGCUCGAGGCUGAUAAGGUCUAUGGGAUUGGUAUUUCCAGAAAAGCCGAGCCCCUUGAUCAUUUGAAGAAGAUGCAUAUCAACUUCUUAAAACAAUUGGAGGGUAUUGUAGAAGAAUCUGAUGAGGAUGCACAGCCCAAACCAUCUAAAAUACAAAAAAGGGAGUUUAGUGUGGUUGAUCCAUGGUCAGAUUCUACCAUGAGCAAUUUGCUAACGAAAAUUAAUGGUGGCCUCAAGAAGUUAACAGGCUAUCAUAAGAGCAACAAGAUCUACUCAGGAAAGGUGCCCCUAACUUCCUCACAUAAUGCUUUAAAAAAUAAAGUCGUCGAGUUAGGUGGCAGGAAAUAUCACAUCAAAGGUUCUUCUGGUACUGGUGCUUUUGCUAAAUUAUACAAAGCUAGUGUUGAUGGUAACACGGAAGAAAUAGUUGCUUUGAAGGUUCAAAAGCCUGCAUUUCCUUGGGAAUUUUACAUGUACCGCCAGCUUGAUAUGCGGAUAUCUGAUAUUCAGAGACCAAGCUAUGGCUAUGCACAUGAAGUGCAUGUCUUUGCUGACGUCAGUGUGCUAGUUUGCAAUUUCCUGCCAUAUGGAACUCUUCUGGACGCUAUAAAUUCCCAUUUAGUUGUUGGUCAGCACAUGGAUGAAGUUUUGUGCAUAUAUUACACUAUAGAGAUGUUGCACAUACUUGAAACUCUACAUAGUGUUGGCAUAAUCCAUGGUGAUUUCAAACCUGACAAUAUGCUUGUCUGCUAUCCAAGUGAAGAGAUCACAGACGAUACCUUCAGGAGCGAAACGAGAAGCGGGCAGAAUCAGGGGCUGUGUCUUAUUGACUGGGGCCGUGGCAUUGAUGUGAAUCUCUUCCCAGCCGGCACGGAGUUCCUUGGGGAUUGUGGAACCUCAGGGUUCAGUUGUAUCGAAAUGCAAGAAGAGAGAAGCUGGACAUAUCAAGUUGACACUUUUGGUCUGUGCGUGGUUGCACACAUGAUGCUGCACGGGGAAGAGAUGAGCAUCGUUAAGGUGGCCGGAACAGGUGGAAGCUACAUGUACCAACCGAAAUUGUCAUUUAAAAGGUACUGGAACAUUGCGCUGUGGAAGCAGCUCUUCACCACGCUGCUGAACCCGGGCUCCAACGGGAACCACGUAGGCGACCUCCGGAGCCUCCGGAGAUCGUUCCAGGAUUACAUGUGCAGCAACUAUCAGCUGCUGGUCAAGCUGAACCAGCUGCUGACAAAGCAGAAGGCCUCCCUGUGCUCAUCCUGAGGUGUGCAUUUCGUCGCCAGAAUGCCUCUGCGAUAUUUAUCUACUCUUCUACCUCCCUAUGUAUGUAUCUUGCCACAUCUCGUGGCCUUGUUGUAUCAUCUGAAAAUGAAAAUACACGCCCGUGUCAUGGUCUAACUAGUACUACUGCGCGUCACACUCAA